UCAAUAUUCAUGUUUUUUGGAUGCAAAUGGAGAAUGAAUUCAAUUCAAAUAAGCUCCAUUAUGAUAUCGCCAUGUCAAAGAGGACACGAAAGCCAUUGAAGCUCGGGGAAGAAGCUAACAAUGAAGUUGAAGAAGGUCCACAUUUGGAGACAGAGAGUCCUUCAAAGUGUGUGAAUGAAUGUGUUGAAGGAGAAGAGAAUGAUCACACGAGUUUGAAACAGCUGAUCGAAGGAAGGAGUUCUCUCAUCCAACACUUCACAGAAGAAGAGAAGCAGCUUCAAAUGGUGGUUAAACACCAAGAAGAGGGGUUGGAUGGGAUGAAGUUCAAAAAAAUGGUGAAAAGUUACGCCAAAGUUCUCAGCCAUUUGAUCAAGGUCAAGCGGGACCCGCCUUUAGGGUCCAGGAAAAGGCUGGUACGUCGAUUGACAAUGUAGGUUUCAAUCAAAUGGAUGAUAAUUUCCCUUUAUAUUUAUAUUUUCCUUACAUUUCCUUGGCAUGGAUGGAUAGGAAAGUCUUUGCACUUCCUUUCCUAGCUUGCAUGGUUUGAUUAUUCUUGUUAAAUCUCAUAUUAUUUAUUGAUAAACUAUAUGUAACCUAAUACAAGUGAUGCUAUAUGUGAUCAUUCUUCUUUUCUUUUUCUUUUUUCUUUUUUGUUUCUUUAAGUGCAAGAAAUUUCACAAAAACUCAUCUAUGAGGUGAGAAGAAGUUGGUUGACAAAUGACGUCUGAAACAAUAUGGCCAUGAAGGUAAAGAA